GAGUCCGUAACACACACCGACCUCUCGGAGGGGCUCUACGCAAGCGGCGUUUCCAGGUGAAUUAGAGRAAGUGACUCCCAGAGCACCUUGGCUGUAUGAACUCUUGAGCUGUCAAAGGACUGAGAGGCUUAUGAAGAGGUUCUGUCAGGCAAAACAGUGCUUAGCAAAGACACCRAGGAGGAGGGAAAAGGAGAAAGGGAGAGAGAGAGAGCUGCAACACUAACAAACCAUGAGAUCGAUCCGAUCUUUUGCUAAUGAUGAUCGCCACGUAAUGGUGAAACAUUCAACCAUUUACCCAUCUCCAGAGGAGCUUGAAGCUGUCCAGAACAUGGUCUCAACAGUAGAAUGUGCCCUUAARCAUGUCUCUGACUGGAUGGAUGAAAAGAACAAGUCUGCAAAAUGUGAGGGUGAUGUGGAAGCCAAGGAGGAAGCUGCAGAAGGCACUGCCAAGGAUCAAGGUGGUCGGACGUUAUGUGGCGUUAUGAGAAUUGGCUUGGUUGCAAAGGGCUUGCUGAUAAAAGAUGAUAUGGAUCUGGAGCUGGUUCUCAUGUGCAAAGAAAAACCCACAAAGACCUUGUUAUGUAUCGUCAAAGACAAUCUCCCAGCUCAAAUUCAGAAACUUACAGAAGAGAAGUAUCUGGUGGAGGAGCAUGUAAAUGAGGCAGCUAUUGUUAUCCAUAACACAAAGGAGCCCAAGCUCACUUUGAAGGUGAUACUCACAUCCCCUCUCAUCCGAGAUGAAGCAGAGAAGAAGGAAGGAGUAGAUAAUGUUGCGAUGAAAGAUCCUCCGGACUUAUUGGACAGGCAGAAAUGCCUGGAGGCCUUGGCGUCUCUGCGGCACGCCAAAUGGUUUCAGGCCAGGGCAAAUGGACUAAAAUCAUGUGUAAUUGUCCUUCGUAUUCUGCGGGAUUUGUGCAACAGAGUCCCCACAUGGGCACCACUGAAAGGCUGGCCACUCGAGCUUAUAUGUGAAAAAUCUAUAGGUACUUGUAAUAGACCUUUGGGCGCUGGGGAAGCGUUGCGACGAGUGAUGGAGUGUUUGGCAUCUGGAAUUCUGCUUCCUGGGGGCCCAGGUCUGCACGACCCCUGCGAGCGUGAGCCCACGGACGCUUUGUCUUACAUGACAGUUCAGCAAAAAGAAGCCAUUACACACAGUGCUCAGCACGCGCUCAGAUUAUCAGCCUUCGGGCAGAUCUAUAAAGUUUUGGAAAUGGAUCCCCUCCCAUCAAAUAAGUCAUUUCAGAAAUAUUCCUGGUCAGUAACUGACAAAGAAGGUACAGGCUCGUCUGCUCUGAAGAGACCAUUUGAAGACAGUGUGGGGGACGAUAAAGAUCCAAAUAAAAAGAUGAAGCGYAAUCUGAGGAAAAUACUAGAUAGUAAAGCAAUAGAUCUCAUGAAUGCUCUGAUGAGGCUGAACCAAAUCAGGCCAGGGCUUCAGUAUAAGCUGCUGUCACAGUCUGGUCCAGUCCAUGCCCCAGUCUUCACAAUGUCUGUAGAUGUUGAUGGUACGACUUAUGAAGCAUCAGGACCUUCUAAGAAAACAGCCAAGCUCCAUGUGGCAGUGAAGGUUUUACAAGCGAUGGGGUAUCCAACGGGUUUUGAUGCAGAUGUGGAGUGUGUAAGUUCUGAUGAAAAAUCAGAYACUGAAGGUAAAAAUGAAACAACAUCUUCAAUCUCAAGCAAUAAUAAUACUGGAAAUUCCACAGCUGACACCUCCGCUACCCUAGAGGUAAGAACUCAGGGUCCCAUACUCACAGCAAGUGGCAAAAACCCRGUGAUGGAGCUCAAUGAAAAGAGAAGAGGUCUGAAGUACGAGCUCAUCUCCGAGACAGGGGGAAGCCAUGACAAGCGCUUUGUGAUGGAGGUAGAAGUAGAUGGGCAGAAGUUCAGAGGUGCAGGCCCAAACAAGAAAGUAGCAAAAGCAAGUGCUGCAUUGGCAGCACUUGAAAAACUGUUUUCUGGGCCUAAUGCAGCAAAUAACAAGAAAAAGAARAUUCUUCCUCAGACUAAAGGGGUUGUCAAUACAGCUGUUUCUGCAGCAGUCCAGGCUGUUCGAGGCAGAGGACGAGGUGCUUUAACACGAGGGGCAUUUGUUGGGGCAGCUGCUGCUACUGGAUACAUCACACCAGGCUAUGGAGCACCGUACGGAUACAGCACAGCGGCACCAGCCUACGCCAUAUGCACUUGUAUAAAAUAAGCAGAAAUGUAGUGACUGUAAGCUGAGAUCGUGAUAUAAAAGCAUAAAAAGCUGUGUUGAUACUGCUGUGUCAGGCACUGCAUUCCCUGCUUCCCUGUGGAUACAUUUGGGGGUAGGUACCAAAGCCAGACCAUGAAUGCCACACACCUUGGUUCUGGCUAUGUGGGAUGGGUGACACUUAAUAAUGAGAAAUCAUUUCCCUAAACUAUUAAAGCUAAACUCCAAAUGAAGAAUGAACAACUUUGAUGAUAYUGCAGUUAAAAUCUGCAGAGAUCAAAUUUAAUUCAGGAAGCAGCCAGGUUUGCUUCCCUCCUCUUGGUGCAGUGCAGGACAGGAGGGCAGGCAGGCAGGGAUUUAUCUCUGCGUGAAUCAUUUGCUUYGCUGUGGUUUUUUACAGCUGGAAAUUAGGAUACAGCCAUCCAUAAAUAAUUGUUUUUAGUUCUGUAGUAAAUGUUUUAACAAUAUUUUACUUAGAUUUAAAUGGGUUURGAUUAUGACCUAUUUGUGCACAUGAUAUGUGUAGUUUUAAAAUACUAUUUUUUUAUUUGUCUUUUAAACCUUGCGUUAUGCAAAGUUGCAUAGUACAGUACUCCAAAAGUGCAGUACUUGCAGUACUUGAAGUUGCUGGAAACAACUCUUUUUAUAUAAAAAUGGUUAAAAAAUAAAAAAGCAAAAGGGAGCAAGUUGACGAUGAUGUUAUCAUCAUAGCAUUUUAGGGUCUCAAUUCAGAGAUGAAAACAUGAACAACCCCUGACUGGUAACAGUUGACACUGGUGUCAAACAGAAAACCACUUGGUACAGAAUAUGUAGUGGUGAAUCAAGCCCAAAGUUCUGCAUCAAAAUAUUAACAGCCAAUAUAACAAAAUAUUUGACUUUAAUAUUGAACCAUCAAGUUURCUAAGUAACUGCAUGUAUAGGUUAUCCUUUCCUCAGGAUAUUUUUGAAUAUAAUUCAUAGGCAAAGAGAAAAAGAGCUGUUCAGUAGUGUCAGCUUUGCUCCUGUGGGCAGGAACUUGCACCUGGGAAAUGAACUGAGGAACUGUUUCAGGGGCUGGCCCUGGAAGUGCAUAAUCCUUCCAUGAUAACUGAUGAGCAACCAGAAUGUCCUUCCUGUUCAGGGGGCAGGUUUCCAUCUGCUCUUACCUUCAAGGUACAAACUCAGAGCUGGAUCUGCAGCUCACCUACAGUUCAAUCCCUUUUUGAGCCUGGCAGGCCCAGCAGUGCUGAUUCUGGAGCAGCAGGCUGCUCUGCUCCUUCAGAUAGGAUUUUAUAUGCAUUAAGGUGCAUUGUAAUGAACUUCUCCUGAAUAUUCCUUUCCUAAGCUCAAUUGCUGUCAGCCUGACAAGCACUGUCCACUUCAAGGACUGACAGUAAACAUCUUGCUGACUCUCAUUUGAUCUGCUUCUUUGUCGACUAUGCUUGGCAGCUUAAUCCAUCUGUUUUUCUUUCCAUCAGAACUGCUUUAACUGUGAAUUUCCGUAUUUUACUGUCAUCAUUCUUUUAACUCUUAAAAUCCUAAGCUUUCCACUUUCCUGUUGUUUUUUAAAAAUUUUCAGCUUCGUUGGAUCUUUUUGCUCUAGAUUUGCACGUACCCAACAGCCAAACACAAACCUGAUUCCAUAUGCUUAAUGCAGCUUCCAGUAUCAUUACCAAUUCUGUGGUACCUUCUUAGUGAAACAGAAAUGUUAUUUUACAGUUUGAAUUUCUGGUUCAUGGAGAAGAGUUCUGAAAAAGUUCCUUUCAAUUAGUACAUCUAUAAAUAGGAGACCAGGGAAAGUCUGUGCCUAUACACUACCCACCUUAAUGCUAGUUUUAGCUAACCAGAUGAUCSUAUGUAUUUUGGGAGAUGGUGUCUGGCACUUAAAGGAUUAAAAGCCAGAGAUUUACAAUAAAAAAUUGACCUGUUUAAUGUAUUCUCUGUACUGGAAGGGAACAGCAUUACCAUUGACUUUGGAAUAACAUCCGUGAGCUUUGGGGCUCUGCUUCAGUUCUACUUUGCCAGCCACAUGAGAUUCCUCCAGGCAUGCUCAACCUAGAGAAGGGUUUAAGAGUAACCAGGCUGGUUUGGAGGGCUUGGCUAGCUCAAAGCAUGAUGUGUGGUGCUUCCUGCCAUCAUGUUCUCUCUCUGCCAGUGCUUGCUGUCUUCCUUAAGCACACAUUCAGGAGUUGGAACAUGGUGACCUUAUUCCUGGGCGUUAUGCCAGUUGGAUAGAGGGAGGCCAGCCUAUGCUCCUGAAGGGAAUGUGCAACACGAGGCCUCGGUUGCCCAAGCAAUUUCUGUUGGACACAGUGCACAAUCCAACCCUCACAAAGGCAAUUUAGUGCCCGGGUAGGUGGUUCCUAAUCUGUCUAAUUUGCUGUCGUGUAGCCARUGUGAGCUAAUUAGAUGAUUCAGCAAUCGUCAUGGCUCCCCACUUAAUGUGCUGUAAAUGCUGCUGCCACCACUUUCACUGCUGUUAAAUACCUUUGUUUCUGURAAUUCUGUCCUCCUGCCCUGCCUUUUCUGAUCAUCUUCUGGUACCCCAGUAAAUAACUGAUAUUCUCAAAUUAUGAAAUCAUUGCAUGUAAGUGUCUAGGUUCUUAAAAAAUUUUAAUCAGACUGUGAAGCACUUCAGAGAAACUAGUUUUCCURCAAAAAUUUCAACUUAUUCAUGUGCCAGAGGACUAUAUCUACUCAUUAACAAAGAUCUGAAAACUGUUCCAGUAUCUCUGAUCCCUGGAGACAAGGAUUCUUUCUUUGAGAACGCUUGCCUUCCGGUAGGAAGGAUAGGUUUAAAGUAUGUCUUAAUAAAAGACUGUGUCCUCAAGCCCCUUAAAGAACUUAAUUGGGAAAAAGUGCACUAAUCUAAAAUUAUUUGAGACUUUUUGCUUUCAUUGAGCUAUUGAGAAUAAUUUCACUGACAAGUUCCUCAGAUUAUUAGGAUGUAGAAAAUGCAGGAGGCGUAUGAAGAUUUUUCAAACAGUCUAGGAAAAAAAUCUGUUUGCUGGCUGUUCACUUAUGGGACAUCAUUCUCUUGUCACUUCUUAAUCUCCAAGACAGCAAUAAAUGUGAGCAGCUUUAACGUACCAUCUCUGAUCCAGUCCCAGCAAUGUCCCUUGGAGAGUAAAGCCAGGCAGUCCAUGUCUUUUCACCAAUUCCCUGAAAUAAAGUGUCCCUUCCUUUAUUUGUAAUUCUGGAUCUGUACUUCUGAGCCAGUCUAGAGGUGGGAUUGCUGAACAUCUCUCCAGAUCUGUAUAAACAACAAGAUAAUAUUUCAGUUUUUACUCAGACAAAACUGCAAGUUUCCUUCUGCCUCUUGUGCUUGGUGUGCCAAGAUAUGCUCACUUGGUAUUAGAACUUCUUGCCUUUAGCUAAAUUCUCUUAGGACAGUUGCCUAUUACUUAAUCAAGGRAAAGCUAUGUCCCAGCCUCACUAAGUUCCAAGUCACCAAGCAGCUUAACAAACACAGCUCUUAUUUCCGGUAACUCUGGGAAACAGCACAAGAACUCUGCUGCUGUGGAUUCCUUUGGAUACAUGAUGAGAUGUGUAAACAUGAAAUUCAGAUUGUUGUUCUCAGUCAUGAAGCUGACUAAGACCUCCCCUCUCUGGCAUCAAAAGAAUGAAAAUGAGCUCUGUGCUGGGCACACUGAGGAUCUUUGUUAGGAACUGCUCUGUCUCAAAAAACAGUAACUCAGCUCAAAUGCUCAGCACACAGACCCUCUUGGGCUUCCUGCUGAAUAAUCCAGUGAAAAAUGAGAUAUUUUAUUGACUUGUUUAAAGCAAAGCAAAGAGACAGUGUAGUUGAAUCUAUAGUACAGGAGACAGCCUGUCUAAUGGCUCAUUUCAUUCCACUGGAAGAGGAAAUUCUGCUAAAGUCAUUUUAAAACACUUCACCAGAGAAACCCAGCACUGAAGUCCUGUGCCUACGGACCGUGGCAGCAGUUUCACACAUACUUUCUUUUGAACAUAAACCAGUUAAGCUAGUGGUUAAGUAUUUGGCAUUGGGAGAAUUAUAAGCACUGAACUUUUUUAUUACUUAACCCCAGAGUUAUGUCUCCUUAGCUUUGUGUCAUCCAAAUCCCUAUUUAUGUUCAGGUGUUCUAGUGCUUCCUUCUUCUGCUCACAGAAAUGGGACUGAUUCACUUGUUGGUUUAUAACUCAUAUGUGAGAUAAUACAAAAACACAAGUAGGACACAUCUGCCUAUUCCUCUGUCUGGGGUCUCCUAGGAGAAAAGGGGGCUCUCCCUGCCAGACCUGUCUGAUGCUGUGCAAGGCAGCGCUUUACUGUGAGUGGUGUGAGGUAAGAGAGAAGUUCAUCAGACAGUAAGGUUUAAAUUCAGUCAAGUGUUUUUUCUCCAGUUCCUAUGAUUGCAUGAAACAUUCAGACCACAUUGUUUACCUUGAUGUUUGUGAGGAGCUGAAUGUUCAAAAGUGGUGUGAGGAGAUGCACAGUUCUAAAGCAUAUCUCUUAUUUUGGAUGUUGUUUUAUUUGUAUUUAGUGCCUUAACUACAAUUUAAGGUCAUAAAUACUGUACCAGAGGUAGUUUAGUAGUUAAAUGUACUUGAAAAGAACCCACCAAGCCUAGUCUAUAGAAACUAUUGUACAGACUGAAACCUUCUCAGGGGGUGAGUACUGUUCCAURUUUAAUUAAUAAUCCACCGAUAAGUGCGAGUUGUAAGAAUGUAGAGAGCAUAUAAAAAUUUGAAUUGCAGAGAUAGAAUUUAUUGGAGACUGAAUUUAUCUGAUUUCUAACUUCAAAGGUUUGGGAUAAGAUGAUUAAAGCUGCAGUCUCUUCUAUGCUGUGUAAGUAAACAACUUCAAAAUGUUAACUCACCAGCCAGAMCUGCAUGUUUGUGAAAAUCUCUUGACUGUUAAUCUCUAGUAAAACAAAUAACACUUAAUUUUAAAAGGCAUUAAUUGGACGUAACUAGCUAUCCUUCACUGGUUAGYACAACAGAGCUGGAAUGAGUGAGAGAUGCAGUUAAUUUUUAAUUAAUUAAACUUCAGCCUCAUUCAUACCUCUUACCAGGAUCCAGAAGCUCCAGCUGCCUUACGCUGCUUUGCAGUUCACAAGGUGUAGUGCAGCACAGGCUUGAACACAGGAUUCCUGAAGUCAUCUGGUCCUGGCAAAACGCACUAUCCAAGAGACAGAGAGAAAAGAUAAUAAUGGAAGUAGAAUGUCCUUCUCCAGACUUAGAGGUAGAGCAUCAUAGAUAGGAAGUUGGAGGGAAUGUUGCAGUUCCUUUUCCAAGUCCAAUAAGAGAGUCUGGAGUAAAACCAGGGGGUUUAUGUAUGCUGGGGAAAGUCUUAGUGUACUACGAGCAGAGGGAGAGGGUAUUGCUUUUUCAAUCGUUAGUGGUUAGGUGAGAGGUUUAAGCUAUCCAURCAGCAGGCUAAAAGCUGCUAAUGAUGUUGCUACAGGAGACUAAUUUCCUUUCUUCUGUUCAGUAAACAAGUCCAGGAUUGCAGGUUUUCCAGAGGARGAACAGGAGAAAUCCAAUGGACAAAUUCUUUUUCCUGAUGCAGCCCUACCCUACAGGCAGUGUACAGAGCAUGCAAAUAAAUUUUGGAAGGGAAAGGAGUAAUAGUAAUUUCCUCAUUAGGAACACUGGUUAGUUAUUUCUGCAAURCCCACAGUAUUCUAGACAAGCUGCYUUUACCCAGAGGAGCAUGGCAACAAGGGAAAGCAAAUAAUGCUCCCACAAUGACCUGUGUAAUGUACACAUUUUAGGUCACCAAUAUUGGUGUAACUCGUUACAACAAAGCAGGUUCACCUUACCAGCAAAGUGUAUUUUGACAUUCUAUCUACUUCUAUUUUUUAAGCUAAAGGGGAGUUAAUCAUAGCACUCAUCUGUUUCGAAGGGARUAGAGCAGAAGGUAAGUUUUAACUUCAUACUUCAAAGCUGCUAUGAAUAGAUUAACAGUGUUCCAUGGAAACAACCUGAUGUAUUUCUUGAUUUUUUUUUGAGCUUCAUUUCUGUGUUCUUGCAAAAGCACAAGCUUGCAUAAGCCUAAUCAAUACAAAGUUACUCAGGGUACUGCAUCAUCUCAGCAGUGGACACUAACUGCAUCUUAAGUCAACAGGCACACAUAAAUCAAGCUUAAUUAAGAGGAACAGGAUAUGUUGGCAAGUUUUGCUUUACUACUGGCACUGCUACAAUUUAAUGAUCUAUGCAUACCGAAAUGUGUGUAUUGCUGCACUCACAACAGAACAGGAGUUCUGUUAGGGUGUCCUGUAAACUAACAAAGUCAGGGUAGGAGAGACAGUAUUUAUUCUUCUGUCAUCAUUUUCAGAAAGAACAGUUUCUAAGCAGAUGGAAAAUCACUCUACUCAAAGGAGAAUAAUGGUGGGCUAGAGAACAGCAUUCAGUGCAGUACAGCUUUUGAAGAGUUARUGAUCCUAUGAAUUUAAUUCUGAAAAUUAUGAUUUGCUGUACAGAUUCUUUCCUGUAUUUUCAAAUUCAUAUCACUGCUUCCCUGCUCAAAAUAACAGGAUAAAGACAAAUGUAGUUUUCUAAUAACAUCUAUUGCAUGGAAAUCCACAUACACUGGAGGAAAAGGGAGGCUGUACUGCAGAGAGCAUAUUCAACUACAGAGCCAUUCUCUGGGCAAUGCUGCAUAAUUUARGAGUGGGUAACCAUGCCUUCAGGGACAACAUGACACAGAGCAGAUGGUUAAAAARAAAAAUCACAGAAAAAAAGCCUCCAAGCUUUGUCCAGUCAUACAUUUAUUCCUCCCUGCAAAAGGGGACAGGUACAUUCAUACAAGCAUAAUGAGUUAUCUGCCAGGCAUCACAGAGGUCCUUAAGGACAAAUGUUUUGGAGCCAGUCUCCUUUUGGACAGAAAAAGGAAGAAGUUGACUCUGUCUUCCAGUUCCAAGGUGCAGUGUCUUAUUUCUCAUGCUAACCCUAAGUCAAUAUUUAUUGAUCAAACUGACUAAGCUUUUUAGGCUGACCAGCUCUCUACGAAGCAAUUCUGUUCUCUUGAGCCUCUGCAGGGGCCAGUAACUGGUGCUUAACUACUGCUUCCGCUCCGGAAUGUCACCGUCCUCCAGCUGCCCCAGAGCCAGGCUGGGACACUUGCACUUCUCAGAGAGCAACACUGCUGGGGGCUCUCAAAAGCACUGAAGUACUACAGCAGAGCAAGUCCCAAUGGGCUGUACACUUUUUAAAUCCUGUCUAGUUCUUAAGUGACAAAGUUGAGCAUGAAACCUGUACUGCCAAAUGAACCAGCCCCUUGCUGAGAAGGGCAUCAAUGGGAAGCAGUCUCAGAARUGGAGAUUUUGAGGAAUGGCUGGUGUUUUCCAAGGCCAACUCAUAGGAGUUUUUUUAAAAGGGUUGAGUUUCCACUCACCAAAAAUCACCAUCAAUCAAAUCAAUUAAAAUUGCUGCUAAUUUGGGCUAAAAUACCACCUCUAGGUAACCCAAACCACCAUCAAUCCAUCCAUCUAAAGACUCCUCAGAAGGCAGAGCCCUUCUGACAGGAAAACUGGCAGUGAAGUAGCAUGUGACUUUACAGAUGACAAUUACUUCUCCAAGACAAGGAAAAGACAGAGGGAGUGCUUUGGGGCAGUGUUUCAUGCUCAGCAAGUUUGUAGAGGGAAGGAAUGCAAUUCUAUAAAUCACUUGUACUGUAUUUGUUUCUAGACUUGAAUGAAUUUCACUUUUCCUUUGUGAGUCAGCAUAUUAAACGUUAAAGAAAAGGUCUAUUUUUCUAAAUCUCUUUCACCAGUAGAGGUCUGACCUGCAGCCAAGAGAUGGAUUUAUUUAUCCACAGAGGAUGGAGUGUUUAUUUUUAAACUAAGAUUGGAUAUGGCAUUGAAUAAAAAGAAGUAUGACCUUUAAACUAUCUAAACCUUAAACAYUAUGAAUGAAUUCCACAAAUGAGUAAUAUGGUGGACAAUUCCAUCUUUCUUCCCAGUAAAUCUCUCUCUAAAGAAGUUACCCUGAAUUAAACUUCCAAAUGAAGUACAAGAGAUCCUUGUGGUCUUAAUUACAGACUACUUUCAAAAUACUUCAGUUUUCUCUCAAUUUGUAAUCAGUAGAGAACAAUGRUGACUGAAUUAUUCCCAACUAUAAAUAAAGCAAUUUCAAAUAAAGUAAUUUGGCRACAACCAUAGCUAUUUAUAGCACUAAAAAUGUAAUUUGAACAUUCCAAUUUUCUUAAUUUGGUAGCAGUUGAGUGGGAAGAAAAAUAACUGCACAGUAAUUUUAAAUUGAGCUGUAUCUACUCACUAGCCAAAAAAGCCUGCAAAUGUAAAGGGAACGCUCUUUGUACCUUCAGUUGCUUCCUCCCGUGCUGCUGUACCCCAUACACUUGGCUUCAUUUGGCUUCUGUGCUGUGGUUUGUACGCCAGCCACUGUUACUGACUGUACACAACACCAUCUGCACUGUAAUCUCGGGUCAUUUGCCACUGAUUGUAACUCAACGCUACAGACUUCUCUGUAUAUAAAACCGGAACCAUGUCCCAUUUACUUCCAAUAGCUCCAAUAAAGACUUAUCUCUGUAAACAGGAAUUACAGCCUAAUGAUUGGUUAGGGGGGCUUUGGUUACAGUGAGCAAACUUGCCUUCAAGGGGUUUCUGAAGCCGGGGUAGCCAAACCACAGAGGUCCAUUCUGCCGGAGUCAGCUAACAGGCUCAGCAGAGAGAAGCUUCCAAAGGCUGCAGCAUUAGCAGAGAUGACCUGGAGAUGCAAGCAUAAAGCACAUUUAUGCUGGAACAAGCAGAAAGCAUUCCUUUACAGAAGUGAAAGUGAACAGAGCAUACAGCAUUGCAGCUUGUGAGGGCUGCUGCACAAAAGCAUCUCUGGGGGUUUGCCUUGGAAGCAGUACAAAAAAAGCCCAGAGAAGGGUUGAGAUCAGCCAGGAAGGCACAUUUCACUCCAAAAAGGAAAACUGRAGAAUUCCUAAUAUUUAG